AUGUCAUCGUCUAUCGAUAGCCUUUUCGGAGCUGUUGCUCCGCAGGAGGUCGACUCCAGCGUGAGUAAGCUGUUUGGUUCGUCGAGCGGUCCCGUUGACUCUAUACUGGUCAAAAACAAGAAGAGGACCGUAGUUGUUCAAGUCGAAGCUGCCGAGGAGGCUGAAGAGCAGCCUGAUGGUGGUGUGGGAGAAGUAAGUGCUGCUGAGGAGCCAUUGAAGAAAAAACCCAGAAGGAAACGGGAUGACAAUACCGAACUGGAGGACCGUUACUUUGCUAAGCUGGCAGAAGUGCCCGAGGAAACCCAGGAAACGCCAGAUAGUGAUAAGGAGGAAGAUGCCGUGGAGAAAGCGGAGGUAGGCCAGCAGGCCAAGACUAUCGACCUCAAAGAGGACGAACUGGAGAAGGCGGAGCGGACAGUGUUCGUGGGUAAUCUAAGCAACGAGGCGAUUACGUCGAAGAAAGUGUUCAAGGAGUUUAAGAAGCUGUUUAGCUCCGAUCUGGAGGAGAACGAGCAGUCGAGUCUGUUCUCUAUCGAAAACGUCAGGUUCAGGUCCAUAUCGUUCGACGAAGCACUGCCCAGGAAAGUGGCUUUCGUACAGCAGAAACUGCACAAGGCCAGAGGUUUCGUUAACGCUUACAUUGUCUACAAGAAAAAACAGGCUGUCAACAAGGUCUGCUCGCGUUUGAACGGCCAGCUCUUCAGACUCCGCCACCUGAGAGUCGACUCAGUGGCGCAUCCUGCCCCUCACGAGAACAAGAGGUCGGUGUUUGUUGGUAAUCUGGACUUCGAGGAGGACGACGAGAGCUUAUGGGCACAUUUCCGAAGCUGCGGCGAUAUCGAGUACGUUCGUGUGGUGAGGGACUCGAGGACUAACAUGGGAAAGGGAUUCGCUUAUAUCCAGUUCAAAGACUUCCAAAGUGUCAAUAAAGCCCUUCUAUUGGAUGGCAAGACUAUGCAAUCAGUUAAGGAACACGGAAGCAAGAGAAAGCUUCGUGUCAGUAGAUGCAAGAAUAUCAAGAAGAACAGCCCCAGCAGCUUGGAGAAUUCCAAACUGAACGAGUCGCACAAGACAAAAUUUGGAAGAGCCAAGAAGGUCCUGGGUAAGGCUGAUAGAGCUACAGUUGGACGCGAACUGACCGUGGAAGGGUUGAGAGCCACCAAGGGACAAGGCCAUGCGGCUUCCCAUUUGAAGAAGAGGAAGCAGAGAUCGAAGACAGGAAGGGUGACCAAACGUUCGCUGGCAUUCAAGAAAAAACAAGCAUCAUCAUAA